AUGAUGAAAAGAUCUUCAUUUAGUCGUAAGAUGAGGCAGAGUCUCUCUGAUAUCACUAACUCUCAAUCUCAAGAAGAGCUUAAUCUUCAAGAAACCGGUUUGGAGCCAACUGAACAAGUAAACCGGCUGAUGAAGGAGAAUGUAGCAUUGGUUAAGUUUCUUGAAGAGAGAGAUAAAACAAUAGAGGUAAGUAGAUACGAACUGAGGAAUCUACGCGAAGGUAUACACAGAUUGCAAGUGCAAAACUGGAGUAUUGCUCAAACCAAUUCUCAUUUCGUAGCUGAGAUUAAUUUAGCUAGAAACAAGGUCAAAGCGUUGCAACACGAGGUUACGUGCAAAAAUGCUUUGCUUAAGGCUAAAUGUUGUGAACAGAAGAAAGACGAAAACACGCAACCAAGAACCGUAAGAACACCUGAGAAUGUUCUAAAGAUUGCGGACGAAGAAUCCGAGAAACCUUCUGUACCAAACAGAAGACGAUUCAUCAGAAGCAAAUCCUUAGGAGAAUCCCCUGCACACAAGAUGGAAGCAGAAAAAGAGGAAUCUGCAACCAAAAGGAGGCAGUUAAGAAGGAAAUCAGCGAGAGUGAGAUCGGCAGCAACGCCAGAAAUGACAGAGAAUCUGUUCGAGAUCAAAGAUCUUCACCUUACAAUGCCUAAUGACAUGUGUCAACAAGAUAAAUCGACAAUGGCAUCACAUAAUCGAAAUAAGGAAGAGGAAGAGGAAGACUUACGAAGAAGUACCCUUCUUACAAGGCAUCAAGAUUGUAAGUUUCGUCGUCAAUCACCAGUCAAGCAAACUUUGCGUAGAGCAAUUGAGAGGAUACAAUCUUACAAGGAGAUUUCCCUCAAUACUAAGAUGAGAAGGUCUUAGAAUCUUAGUGUAGAGGAAUAUUUGUGUUGUGCUGGUCUUGUUUUGAGGUUUUAUCAAUCUCUAGACAGUUGUACUUAUGCUGGACGAUUUUAUAAAGACAUUA